UGUCCAAAUCAAUGUAAAGGUCUGAAGGAACUUGAACAAAAUGCUAAAAUCUCUCACAUGCUUCGACAUUUUUGGGAGCUAUAAUUAUGGCCUCGAAAUUUGACUCUUCGAUCAACAUUGAGCUUGGAAAUUAAGUGUUCUGACAAUUUACAAAGAAAAUCAUCUUCAAAAACACAAUGUAUCAAGUAUGUUCUGUUUAAUCAGUACCAUUCUGGAGUAAUCACAACUAAAGUACAAGCCAAUUGAGAGUUGUGUCAUUAGGUGCCACAUUACACUGCGACUGAAAAUCGUCCUUGACAACACAGAUGGAUUUAGUCUUUGAUAAAAGCCUCAUUGCCCACGCAUGCAGCAGCAGUGACUACCUAGAGAAAGGCUCCAAGAUCAAUCACAUGGUGAAAAUGUUUGUAAAUUUCAGCCUCCACAAAACUGGACUUCAAAACGGCAUUCAAGAGCAGGACUGCAAAACCUUGCAGUUGUCAUGGUUGGACCAUGUACCAAUCCCAGAAAUCCCACCCCCCAGCAGCCUAUGCGGACCAAGAGGCACCCUGGGAGCCACACAUGUGUCCCUAAUGUGGCGUAGCCAAACGACCAUCUCCAGCCCACCUGUUUGGGGAGUGCCAGCACCACGCUCAACACUGGGACCACCACCUGAGGGCAGUGCAAGUGUCGUCCUAUGAGGUGUGGAUUAGGUGGGCAACCGGAUCAGUGGAUUCAGACAGGGUCAUUCUGGACUCGCUCUCAAGUUUCGCCAAGGAGCGCAGGUCCUUGGCGAAAAAAAUAAAUUUUUAUCAUCAUCAUCAUGAA